CGCAACCUCACAUGGCGAUGGCCACGCCUCCCUCCAAUUCCCCCUCCGCACUUGGCGCUAGAAAACUACCUCGAGACAUCGAGCCGGUCUUCAUAGCUGAUGCAGACUACCUCGCGCGGACCGUCGACUCUCCAGCAUCGGAAAGUGGUCCACUUUUCCGGCUGAUGUUCCCUCGUCCGGGCGUCGAGUUUUCAGAGCAACAAAAGGAUGAGAUCAUUCGAUGGCAUGCCGAAGGUAUCAAGGAUGCGAUCACCGGUGGUCGAACAUACCUCCGGAAAAUACGCCACAGUGACGGAACCGUUGUUGGCUUAGCCGGAUGGGUUAUAGAGGGAUGUCCGGAAGAGCAGGCCAACUUAAACAGGAACAGGACUGCUAUAAAAGCGAAGGUCGGCAACAAGCAAAAGUCUAACUACUGGCUCCCUGGGACGCUAGAUGUGUCUGCGUGGUUGAAAAUGUCGGCAGCCUUGAAGAAAGAGCGGCAUAGGACUAUUGGGCAUCUUGACAAUAUAUGCCGAAUAACGAUUAUGUCGAUUCGUCCGGAGUACCAACGCCAAGGACUCGGCUCUUUGCUGAUGCAACACAUUUGUGAAGAUAUGGAUCGUCAUGGCCGGUAUGGCUAUGUCUUGGCGUCACCAGCCGGAGUCAGAUUAUAUUCCAAGUUCGGAUUUGAAGCUGUUGGCCAACGGUCUCGGCAGGUCUCUCCCUAUUCACGACGUUGGCGCUAUGGUCCCAAGGAUGGCCGAAGGAUAGGCGGAUAAAUCUGCGACGAAGAUUCCGGAACGAGGGUCCUCUCCAGUCGCAGAGGCUUAGCGCAUGCGGCGCCGGAGAAGGCGGAUAUCA